GGGAAGGAGGGGGUUAAGGAGUGUCUCCUCCUCCAUUCUCCUCCCUGCUCUAGACUGUGGGGAAAUUCCCAACUCUGACCCACAGUUUCAUCACUAAGAAGCUCAGCGCAGGCUUGGGAAAACUUGGUUUCCUAUCGGUAUUGAAGUCAGAGCUGGAAGGGCCCUUAGAACACAGGGGGUCGGAGCUGAGAAGGAGGCGCUUAGAACAUGGAAGGCAGAACUUGGUAGGCCCUUAGCACACUGUGUCAGGGCCGGCGGGCCCUUCGAAAGCAGAGCUGGGAGGAAGGAGACCCCACAGUUCGACCCCAUGGCAAAGAUGGGGCAGCUGAUACCCGCAGUUGGGAAAGGAGCUCGCCACCCACUGCCAUUGGCCCCGAGGCCUGUGCCCUUGCCACGGCGGCCAAUUAGUCGGUUAACUUAUAAUGAAGUUCAACCCCGAGGGUUGGGGGGAAGGGAGGGCAGAACCGCAGCGAACCUGGCUCAGGGCCAGGACUCCCAGCUCAGUAAAUAAACUUGAAAAGCCCCAGGAGUCCAGUGCCACGACCUCGGGUUUCCCGUCUCUGCUGUCCCAUGCCCCCACUGUGUGAGCUCGGAGCGGUCCCUUCAUCCUCCCGCCCUCAGUUUCCCCAGCUGAGGGCACUGUGGUCGGGGACAGAGUGGUCAGCAAGGCCUGCGCUGAGAUUCUCCCCCCGCCGCUUUCUUGUAGCCUGUGAGCCGCAGCGAGUCACACUCUUCCCCAGCCUCCGGAGGUUUCGCGUUCUCUCGGGAAAAUGGGGACAGACCCUCCCCAGAGGACGGUUGGGAGGCGCUGGUGCAGGGGCUCGGCCCGCUUGAAAGCGGGAUGGUUGUAAGCGGGGGGCGAGAACUCCAGGCUCCGGAGUGAGGGAGAUGCAAUUCCGGCCCGGGGGGGCAGGGUGAAGGUCAGCGGGCCGGACUUUGCCGAGACCGUUCCCUGAGCCUAGGAGGGGCAGGCGGGGCCCUCGAGGCCUCAGGUUGUUGGCGCAUAGGUGAGGGGGAGUGGCAGGAAGGUCGCAGAAGGCCGGGUGCCACGGCAUGGGGAGAAGCACCGGGAUCGUCGGGACGGGCGGCCUCGGAUCCGCUCCCAGGAACCCGGACCCCCAAAUCUGGGCGGGGGAAGGGGAAGCUCUUCCACGUGUUUGUUUUUCUUCGCCGCUGCGCUCCGCCGUUAGCCACGCCCACAUCGUCGCGCCAUUGGCCGCGCCUUCUCAAGGGCUCGCGGCGCGGAGUCGCGAUUGGUCGGAGGCCUCUUCUCGGCCCGCCCUCUCGCGGUAUAAAGGAAGCUGCAGGCGCUCUCGGGAAGUAGAGCCUCCGGUGAGGCGGCCUGUGGUAGCGGAAGCUUACGUGCUCUGGCCUCCGCCCCACUCUUGCCCAUCUCCGGUAUCCGCGAUGAUCUUCGACAAGGUGAAGCGCUUCGCCGUCUUGCUAGACGGACCCGAGCCCGAGCCCGCAUUCUGUGGCGGCCAGGCCGUGUCCGGGACGGUGCUGCUGGAGCUGGCGGCCCCGGCGCGGGUGAGAGCCCUGCACCUCCGAGCCCUCGGCUGCGCCCGGGUGCACUGGACCGAGUCCCGCAGCGCCGGCUCCAGCACCGCCUACACGCAGAGCUACAGCGAGCAGGUGGAACUGGUGAACCACCACGAUAUGCUGCUGGCCCCAGACUCUGGGGACACAACUACCUUACAACCGGGAAGGCACGAGUUCCCCUUCAGCUUCCAGUUGCCCACGACUUUGGUGACCUCAUUUGAAGGGAAGCAUGGGAGUGUUCGUUACUGCGUGAAAGCUAAGCUCCAUAGACCCUGGGGUACGGCCAAACGGGCCAGAAAGGAGUUCACUGUGAUCGAGCCCAUCGACAUCAACACUCCUGCUCUGCUGGCGCCUCAAGCAGGUGUGAAAGAGAAGAUCGCCAGGGCCUGGUACUGCAAUCGAGGCCCAGUUUCCAUUACAGCCAAGAUUGAUAGGAAAGGCUAUACCCCAGGUGAGGUCAUCCCCAUCUUUGCUGAGAUAGACAAUGGCACUAGUCGGCCCGUUGUGCCCAAGGCUGCCAUUAUCCAGACCCAGACCUUUGUUGCUCGAGGGGCCCGGAAGGAGAAGAGAUCAGUGGUGGCGAGCAUUGUGGGGGAGCCCGUUGCUGCAGGGAAACGGGAGCUUUGGCAAGGGAGGGCACUGAAGAUUCCUCCCGUGGGACCUUCCAUUCUGCAGUGCCGAGUCCUGCGUGUGGAUUACACUCUCAAGGUGUGUGUGGACAUCCCAGGCACAUCCAAAUUGCUCCUGGAGCUGCCCCUUGUCAUUGGAACCAUCCCCCUGCAUCCAUUUGGCAGCCGGACAUCCAGCGUGGGUAGCCAGUAUAGUGUCAAUCUGGACUGGCUGCAUAUGGCCAUCCCUGAACAGCCUGAAGCUCCCCCAGAGUACUCUGAAGUGGUGUCUGAGGAGACCAGCCCAGGCCUCUCGCCUCCACCCCAGGAGGCUGGCAGCAGCCAGGCCCUCGAGGGCCCCUUCUUUGCCUACAUCCAGGAAUUCCGCUACCGUCCGCCUCCCCUGUACUCUGAGGUGGAUCCAAAUCCUCCCUUGCAGACCAUUCGGCGGCGAUGCAUGACGUGUUGAGGCCUGAGACAGCGUCUUGAUUCUGACCAGAACCAGUCCCCGGGAUCCGGGGAAGGCUUCCCGGCUGGAGCGAGGCCCAGGAGCCCCACUGUCCCACGCCAGAGCAGGCAGCUGGAGCGAGCUCCGGCCUUGGGUGGCGAUGCCAGGGGGUGGGGAGUCUGCUCUCCGUGACUUUAGGACCUGGCUGCCGAGUUCCUCCUUUUUCUCUGGCCCCAAGCUGCUUUCGGGUGAAGAUGGUCCCUGACGUGAGACCACCUUGUUCUGUUCCAAACUUCUCCUCCAACUUGGAAUUAGGAGAGCAAUCUUACACGAUCUUCUUGAAGAUUACAGAGAUGAGGUCCCUCGAGGGGUCUAAAAGGAAAACUGUGACUCGGCCAAAGGCACCUGUUGAUCAUACAUGAUGGAGUCCCCACUAGAAGCAAGGCCAUCUCUCCCCAGCCUGGGGCUCUCACCUACGGACUGCCUCAUUUUGGACUGAGGACCCCUGAGAAGGCUGGGACAGCAAGGGCUUAUGGGGCUGGCCCUAUCCACUGAGCCCAGGAGGGGGGAUGGAGUUAGAAGAGACAGAGCAGACAGGGCUUUAAGAGGGAAGGAUGGUCUGGGGUGCUAAAGGUGAGCAUGGCCAGGGCUUGAGCAGUCCCUGUGAAGCUGGUGCUAAAACUGGGCGGGACCAAAGGGGCUUCCCCCGGCCCACCUGGGUCUCAGAGCCCAGGUGGCUGCCCACCACAGUGCCCAACUCAAACCUAGGCAGUGCUAGCUCCUUCCUUUCAUGAGCAAGUAUACACUUGGCCUUGACUACAAACACACACUCAUCUGCACUGUGGUUUUGAUAAAAUCAAAGAACAUUCAGGGGAGGUUCCUUCUCUUUUUGUACAGUUGUUUGAAAAUAAAUAAAGGUGAAUACCAGAUUUUCUACUGA